AUGAGGACACUCACUGCUCUUUUCCUGCUGGCCCUCCAGACCCAGGCAGAACCUGUCCACAGAAUAGCUGAUGAAGCUCCAGUCCAAGACUGGCUGGGAGAGGAGGACAAGGAUAUGUCCAUAUCCUUUGGAAGGGAUAAAAGCACUUCUCUUCAAGAUGACAAUGUGAAGUCAGGCUUGACCUGCUACUGUAGAAGAAGAGGCUGUGGUUUCCUCGAACGCCUCUAUGGGGCCUGCAGUUACCGAGGCUACGUCUUCUGA